GGAAGCUUUAGACUUCAAACAGCCUUUGAGUUCUAAUUCAGCCUUAUAUUUUAUAUACAAUUAGCAUAUUUGAUAUUCCAAAAAGUGAGCCAAUGUUACCAUCCUGGCAAAGUCUGUUGCGCUGGAAACCACUGAAGACGGAGGGACUGCGUCGAGCAGCCGACGGAAUAAAGCCACUGGAGACCAUUGACUUGACCGCAAGUCCUGAUGAUGAACGUCCAGUCAUUGGGCCACUACACGAUAGCAACAAUGGCCUCUACUCGUGCCCCAUCUGCAUGAGUCCUCUCGAGCAGCCGGUGGCCACCAUGUGCGGCCACGUCUUCUGCAAGAAAUGCCUGACCGGCGCAUUGAUUCCAUUCCAUAACUGCCCCAUGUGCAAGAAGGACGUCCAGAAUUUCAUUCGCAUAUACACCUAAUUGCCGUUUAAUUCGCGGGGCCCUUUUGUUCAAAUUAGUUAUCGUUGCGGAAAGUUAUCCAUACUGAUAUUGUACUUCCAUUUACUAGAAGAGGAUCAGCAACACCAGCAGACACCUUAUGUACCAUCAAAUCUUUAAUGUGAUUAUUAUGAGUUUUUACAA